ACGCCCUGGGAGGCGGCUGCGAGCUGGCCAUGAUGUGCGACAUCAUCUACGCCGGGGAGAAGGCGCAGUUCGGGCAACCCGAAAUCCUGCUGGGAACCAUCCCAGGUGCCGGCGGGACGCAGAGGCUGACCAGGGCAGUGGGGAAGUCGCUGGCAAUGGAGAUGGUGCUCACCGGGGACCGGAUUUCAGCAAAGGAGGCAAAGGAGGCAGGUCUGGUCAGCAAGAUCUACCCUGUGGAGAAGCUGCUGGACGCAGCCAUCGCCUGCGCUGAGAAGAUUGCCAGCAACUCCAAGCUGGUGGCUGCCAUGGCAAAGGAAUCAGUUAAUGCUGCCUUUGAAACGACACUGACAGAGGGGAACAGGACAGAGAAGCGCCUCUUUUACGCCACCUUUGCCACUAGUGACCGCAAGGAGGGGAUGACAGCAUUCGUGGAGAAGCGCAAGGCCAACUUCACCGACAGCUGAGCCCAAGAGAUGCAGGUCCCUGGGGUGGUGCAGGUCCCCACGGCCUCCUGCAGCCCGUCCACCCCCUGCCUUACCCCGCAGAGGGGACCGGGACCCGUCGGUGAGCAAUACGUGUUUGGGGUGACAGCCAGCAGUGGGGACCACCUCUGCCUUCGCUAUUAAAAGGUUUUCUAGGUGCUGCUGGGA